AUGUCUACUAGUAAGCUUCGUCUUGAGUCCAACGCCAUAUUGAGUGAUAGCAGACAAGAAGCUACCACAGAUCUGAUAGCAAGAAAAAUGCCGACACCGACACAAACAUCGAUCGAAAAGGCAUCAAGAAAAGAAGAAUUAGCGAAAGAACAGGAACAAUCAUCAACAUCAUCAUUUUCUCCUUUAAAUAAAAUCGACAAAGUUGUUGUCCAUCCACUCGUUUUAUUGAGUGUUGUCGAUCAUUUUAAUCGUAUGGGAAAAAUUGGUCAUAAUCAGCGUGUGCUCGGAGUAUUAUUAGGCUCUUUAAAAAAUAAAACUUUAGACAUUUCUAACAGCUUUGCUGUUCCAUUCGAUGAAGAGGAAAAGGAAAAAGACGUUUGGUUUUUAGAUCAUGAGUAUUUGGAAAAUAUGUACACUAUGUUUAGAAAAGUAAACGCACGUGAGCGUAUCGUUGGAUGGUAUCAUACUGGUCCGAAAUUACAUCGUAACGACAUUUCUAUCAACGAACUAAUACGUGGUUAUAAUCCAGAUUCUGUACUUGUUAUUAUUGAUGCUAAACCAAAAGAUCUUGGCUUACCGACAGAAGCAUAUAUUGCCGUAGAAGAAAUUCACGAUGAUGGCAGUCCAGCCUCAAAAACAUUUGAACAUUUGCCAUCAGAAAUUGGCGCUGAAGAGGCAGAAGAAGUUGGAGUUGAACAUCUUUUACGUGAUAUACGUAAUGCAACAGUUGGAACAUUAUCCCAACGUAUUACGAAUCAGUUAAUGGGUUUAAAAGGUCUAAUGAAAAGUCUAAACGAUGUUCGAAAUUAUUUAGAUAAAUUAUUAACAAAUAAAUUACCAAUAAAUCAUCAGAUAUUAUCACAUAUUCAGGAUAUGUUCAAUUUAUUACCUGAUAUAAAUCAACAAGAUUUAACUAAAUCAAUUUAUGCUAAAACAAACGAUGAAAUGUUACUAGUUUAUCUUUCAUCAUUAAUACGUUCCAUUAUUGCAUUACAUAAUUUAAUUAUGAAUAAAAUACAAAAUAGUGAUGCUGAAAAAUCCGAUAAUGCGUCAGUUACAGGUACGACUGGAACAAGUGCAGCUAUAUCACAAAGUGAUAAAAAAAAUGAAAAAGGUGCUGGUGAUAAAACAACAUCAAAUAAUAACAAAACUGAAAAAAAUUACGAUCGCUUCCAUCUUCUUCUGUUCUAUAAUUAUCAAGUACCAGAUGACGAAGAAGAAGAAGAAGAAGAGGUGGUUGAAUCCAUCGUCGAUUAUAGAACUGAUGUAUUUGUUCCAUUAUAUACUGGUCGAUUGUUGAGUAGUGUCGCAUUCAAAGAAGCGUGGCUUGAGUUCAAGCACAAUUUGAUCAUGUUUAUUAUUGUCAAUUUUUCACAAGGCUUUUUAGGUGGCUUUCGAAUUGGAGUGUUUGCAGUAGUAAGUACAAUAUGUUUAAGUGCUAAUUACACUGGUAGCACAUCUCUUUUUUUUCAGCGUAUAUCCGAGAAAGUACAAGAUUUAUCUGCUGAAGCAUCAGAAAUAUGUGAAGAAACCAUACAGACCAUUCGUACAGUACGAAGUUUUGGUAAUGAAGAUGGCGAAUUAAAACGAUUUGUCCGCAUUUUACAUCAAGCUUAUAAAGCAUCUCUUAGUCAGGCAGCACUAUCUGCAGCUCAGAAAUGGUUUGUGGAACUAUGCCAAUUGGGUAUGAGUGUUGUUAUGUUGUCAUAUGGUGCAAAGUUAGUGCGAGAUAACAAAGUGGCUGGCCCAGAUUUACUGGCGUUCAUUAUUUAUCAACUGACUCUUGGUGCUAUUUUAUCGGACAUCUCACAAAUUUAUACGUCAAUGAUGUCAGCAGCAGGGGCUAGUGAAGCUGUAUUCGAUUAUCUGGAUCGAAAACCACAAAUGGUAAUCGGUAAUGGUUUGCAACCAGAUGAAUUUCAAGGAGAAAUUGAGUUUCAACAAGUAUCAUUAAGCUAUCCAGCGCGUCCAAAUGAAAUUGCACUUGAUAAUGUUUCAUUCAAAAUUGAGCCGGGCCAAAUUUGUGCAUUCGUUGGUCCAAGUGGAUCAGAAAUAAUUGAUGCAGCUAAAUUUGCGAAUGCUCAUACAUUUAUUACUGAACUCGUUGAUGGUUAUGAAACACAAUGUGGUCAGAGAGGUGGACAUUUAAGUGGUGGUCAGAAACAAAGAGUAUGCAUAUCUCGUGCAAUUAUUAGAAAGCCCACUAUUCUUCUGUUAGAUGAGGCAACAUCAUCGUUAGACCCGGUGAAUGAACGUUUGAUUCAAGAUGCUUUGUUUGAAAAUAAGAAAGAGAGAAAAACAAUCAUUAUCUCGGCACAUCGUUUGAGUACGAUUGAAAAAUGUGACAAGAUCUUUGUUAUUCAUAAGGGACAUUUGAUUGAGCAGGGUACCCAUAAUGAGUUGAUGUUAAUUAAAAAUGGUGUAUAUCAAGAACUUGUGAGACGACAAAAAAUGGAUUUGAGUGAAAAAGAAAUAGAAUGA